AUGUUGGUCGUCAUAAAAAAUCAAAUUCAAAAAUUAAUUUCAAAUUUCAAUAACGAAUCAUCAGAAACUGAUCCAUUAUUAUAUGGAUCAAUUGACAGAUUAGACAGACCAGGACAAAUAAAUGAAGAAGAAUUAAGAAUGAGUAUCACUAACAAAUCAGAAAUUUUAUCUGAUGAAGAAGAAGAAGGUUUCUUCAAUAAGUUUGAUCCAAGGGUUAUGUCUGAUGUUAUUAUUGGAUUAAGUGAUGGAUUAACAGUUCCAUUUGCAUUAACAGCCGGUUUAUCAUCAUUAGGAGAUACAAAAUUAGUCAUUACUGGUGGUAUGGCAGAAUUAGUUAGUGGAGCUAUUUCAAUGGGUCUUGGUGGUUACUUAGCUGCUAAAAGUGAAUCAGAAUAUUAUCAUAAUCAAGUUAAAAAAGAAAAAUUGAAUUUUUUCAAAAAACCAGAAUUAAUUAACCAAGAAGCCGUGGAUGUUUUAUAUGAUUUAGGAUUAAGUGAAUCAACUAUCAUUAAUGUUAUUAAAGAUUUAGAUUCUAAACCAAAAAAUUUAAUUGAUUUCGUUAUAAAAUUCGGUAAAGGCUUAGACGAACCAAGUGAUGGUAGAGAAUUCACAUCUGCUUUAACUAUUGGUUUAUCAUAUUUCUUAGGGGGUUUCGUUCCUUUAGUCCCAUAUUUCUUUUGUAAUAUUGUUAAGACUGGUUUAUUGGUUUCAGUUUUAGUUAUGUUAGUUACGUUAUUCAUUUUUGGUUAUGUUAAAACUUUAGUUUCAUUAGAAGAUUGUAGUACUUGGAAGAAAGUUUCUGAAGGUAUACAGAUGAUAAUAGUAGGUUCUAUUGCUGCAGGUGCUGCUUGGACUUUGGUUUUCUUUAUUGAUAAUUAG